AUGCUCCACAAACCGUCCGGCUGCUCGCACAGAAAAAAUGUUUUUAUGAUAUCAGUAGUAAGACAUAAACUCGCAUGUCAAAAGACACCGCAAAUCACUUUUAAGAGUGUGCUAAGUCCAUCUGCAACUAAUGGAUGUUUGAUACAGAGCAAUGUCAGUCUUGCGCGUGUGAUGUUAGAGUGUAAAUUCGCUCGUCGGCGGCGGUGUUGUGAUGUCAUAGGUGUGACGUCACACGCAGUGGCCCUGACCUCGCUGCGCGCGCGCAGAGGAAGUGACUCUUAA